AUGAGUGGCCCCAAGAAACCUACCACGCCCCCGCGUGUGUCUUUCGGUGUUGAACUCGAAUUCUUUGUCGCCUUCAUCCUUGAAGGGGAGCCCGAUCCCGAUGCAGACAUCAAGGAUCAGUUGCAGACGCUGAUCACGGUUCCAGUUGAUUGGGAAAGAACUGCAGCAUAUGGCCGCAGGAGUGGUGUUCCGGCCAGGAUAUAUAAGCCGAAAAUGGGGUACGUGUAUGAUCAAAUUGAACGUGCUCUGGUCGAUGCGGGUCUGCCUGUGAUGGGCAGCGAAGGAAAGUACGGUGAGCUCGGUUCCGCCCAAGCCGUCCAUGGCGAAAACGCCAUGUCAUCAUUCCGGAUCGUAGAGGACAUUUCUCUCAAAGCAGAUCAUGUCGACGGGUACCGCUGGCAGCGGGUCGAGCUGAUUUCCCCGGCCAUGUACGACAUGGAACUGUCCUAUGACAUACUUCGGGUCGCGAGGAUCGAUGCUAGGACGUUGCGGCAGUUUGCUGCGGUGUUGUGGGCGGCUGAUCCUGUCAUCAGUAGACUUCACCCUCCUUGGCGUUCUGCCACUGCAUACAGUCAAUCCGCUCGAGUAAACGAGAUCACGAAUCUCGGCAAGGGCCACGGCCCGGCAGAUUCCAUGGUUGAAAAGCUCACUGUCCAGAACAGCAACAGCGCUGAACGUGGGGAGUGGUAUGAAACGUUGUCAUACACGAGGAACACGGCUGAGAUGGAUCCGACAGAGUUCAAGAAGGCGAAGACACUCGGGAGAGAUCGUCGGCUUGGUGAGUCAGUGAAUGUAGAUGUGACCCCAGAGGCGAUGUCGCGCGAGAUUGAGCUGGACCAAGAAGACGACCUGGCGCUCCUUCAGGCAGAGCCGUGGCAGCACCAGCAAGACGUACCCAAGGCCAGAGGCACUAGACCCAACGACGGUGACGCCAGCGAACAGUUUGGAUUCCCCCCUUUUACCUACAAAGCCCCGGUACCGAUGCCGAAAAGUUAUCGCAACCUGACAUCAGACGUCUACGCCCCUCCCCGGCCCCGCCCUCCACCCAUCGCACGCCGUUACCCCCGCGUUCCUGGCAAGAUGCGAAGGGACAUCCGCGACGAUGUGAGCUUCCUCGACGGAUAUCUUAUGAGUUCCGGAGUCAACAUCGAAGAUCCCGGCCGUAGGGUCCCGCCGGCCCGAUGGGACGUGAUGUCCGGCGUCCGAGACCUUCUGGGCGCCGACUUGACUGUCGCCCAGGUUGGAGAGCUCAUGAGGCACAAGUCGUUCCCCAAGAACAUCAACUACAAGUUCGACGCGUACAGUCUCUAUAAUGUCAAUGCCCAGGGCCUGAGGAGGGAUGAUAUAUCCAAGGGGACUAACGAACGGCACACGACCAAGAUGAACACGGUCGAAUUCCGCGAGGCGGCGGGGUCGCUCGACAUGGAGUGGAUCGCGACGUGGGCGCGGAUCUGCUGCCGGCUGCUCGAGUGGAGCAGGGACGCGGCGCCGGCGGAGUUCCUAUGUGUGAUCCGUCUGUUGGCGUGGGCUCAAGAGGAAGAGGGCGCACAGUACGACGUUGUUGACUUUUUGAUUGACCUGGGGCUUUUGAAGGAGGCGCGAUUCUGCGAGGAGAGGCUGCAGAAGGGAGAGGCUGCGUGGUGGGAAUGUUUGAACCUUGGCCGGCCCGAAGGGGCUGGCGAGAACUGGUCCUCGUGGCCGGAGUCAGAAGACGAGGAUGACUUGGCUUGGUCUGAACGCGCUCACAAUGGGAGUACGUGUCAGGGUGCUGCGGGAGGCAGAUGGACUGGGAAUGAGACAUUUGGCGUUGAUGGUGGAUCGAACCAGGGCCUGUACCAGGGGAUUGCUGGAGGUGAGUAUCAGGGCGGCGAGGGGUGGGAUGACAACGAGGAAGAAGAGUUGCAGCCCCCUUACGACAUGCACAAGCUGCGGGAGCCUUUUGAGCUGGAUGCUCUCGAGACUCAGAUCCCCCGACAUGACAGCAUCACUUCCGGUGGAGCUGUUGCGAACCGCGGUGGUGACGGUCGUGUGGAGCAAGGUGAGUCGGCGGCAACGGCGGCGGGAGCCUCACUUAUGACGGGGACGAGGCGGUUCACAAUUGAGUGA